AUGUACUCGACCUACGACCAGCAGUCGUCGCGGUCGCCCGGCUCGCACCGCAACCAGCCGGGCACCCUCAACAGAAUGCCCUCGCGCCAGUUCGACGCCUACCAGCAACAGCUCGGCCAGAGCAGCCUGUACCCCCAGCACGACGACCACCAGCGCCCCUACGACCAGCAACGCCCCUACAACGACCGCCUGAACAACACCGUCCACGCCGCCUCCGCCUAUGCCUACGAUAUGGCCCCACACCAGGGCUGGAACACGAAUGCCUUUGCCCAGAACAGCCUGGGGUCGCUCGGCGGAGCUGCUGGCCAACGCAUGAAGUCGCAGACGCGCGGAGGCGGACGCAGCGCCCUGCCUGCCGGAUGGAUGGAGCCGCCGCAACAACAACAACAACAACAACAACAACAACAACAGCAGCAGCAACAGCAACAACAACAACCCCAGGGCCUGCCCAGCUUCGCCCUCCCCGGCCUGGGCAACGGCAACGCGAGCGCCAUGCUCAACACCGGCUACGGCCACGACGUCGACGAGGAGCUCAUCCCCACCGCCAUCGUCAUCAAAAACAUCCCCUUCGCCGUCAAGAAGGAGCAGCUGGUCCAGCUGAUGACGGACCUGCGUCUGCCCCUGCCCUAUGCCUUCAACUACCACUUCGACAACGGCGUCUUCAGGGGUCUCGCUUUUGCAAACUUCACCACCGCCGAGGAGACGGCUACCGUCAUCGAGUCGAUGAACCACUUCGAGCUCAACGGCCGGAAGCUGCGCGUCGAGUACAAGAAGAUGCUCCCCCUCGCUGAGCGUGAGCGUAUCGAGCGUGAGAAGCGUGAGCGCCGCGGCCAACUCGAGGAGCAGCACCGCCCGCUCGGAGGACAGCUGCACUCGCAGGCCUCCUUUGGCUCGCUUGCAUCGCACUCCCACAUCCCUGCCGCCUCUCCGUCCCCUGUUUCUGCUAUGCGCCAGCAGAAGAUGGGCAUGGCCCACAACGGCGCGUCCGAACGCGUCGCCAGUGCCCCUGUCGACGUCGACCUGAACGACCCGCAGAUCCUGCAGUUCUACUCUCAGCUGCUCCUGUUCAAGGAGUCACCUGAGCGCGACAGCAUGACCUUCCCCUCGUCCUUGGCACCCCCUCAGCGCCGCAUCAUCCACACCCUGGCCCAUCAGCUCGACUUGGCUCACGUGUCCAAGGGCUCCGGCGACACCCGCCAGGUCCACAUCUUCAAAGUACACAACAACCAGGGCCUCAGCCCGCCCAUGCCGCAGAUGCCCACCAGCCAUCCCACCGAGCAGCCAGGGCGCCGUGGCCUCAACCGUGCUGCGACCACGGACUUCAGCGACGUUCGUGCAUCCGAGGGUUUCUACAGUGCUUUCGGUAGACAGGCCUCGAGUCUGCUCGGUUUCCCGGAUUCCCCAGGCGGUCUGAACGCAGUGCCCAACCUUCGAGGCGCCAAGUCGUACGCCGACCUCCGCUCGUACACGCCCUCGCCAGCGCCCUCGACCGCAAGCCACCCGGUGGGACGUCCUGGUGGCAUCUCUCUGGAGGGUCUUGGCUUCAGCGGCAGCAACACCAACCCCAACGGCACACCCACAGCAGGCUCCAUGCCACAACGAGAUGACGGCCUGCUCGAGAGGCAGCUGGAGCGCAUGACACUGGGAGGCACCUUUGGGCAGAGCGGCAGCAGCCCCCGUUCGCUGCGCCAGAUGACUUCUUGGGAGAAUCCCGGCCCCAUCGGUGGUCACCGUGCCUUCAGCUCCAACUACGACGACCGUCCAUCGAGGCAGCCUCGCGGACCGCUGCCAGAGCGAGGACAAGGCUUCAGCCGCCCCCGCCAGAACGGCCACCAGGGCCGCGGCAGUGACGAGCUCUCUUCGCAAUCCAACGUUGAGAUCCUCGUGGGCCAGUGA